UCGAAUUGUCCAAGUCUGAGAAUGACUCCCCCAGUCAUGGCGCUGCGGUGAAGCAGGAACGGGCAAGCAAAGGGAAGAUAUUAAGUCCCGUUUUAUUUUUAAGUUAUUUUUACUUUUUAAUAUGCGUGGAGUAUAGUUUUAUUUGGCAGCGAUGCGGGGACGUAACACGAUUGUGUGUUUUCCCCUUGGGAAACAACACAAAGGCUGAUUUUUGUUUUAAUUCUCAUCGAACUACAGCGAUGCAUUUGCAUGAGUACUUACUAUUAAGUUACACUAGCCGACUUGCUCCAUGGUAGUUCCGUGCACUUACUGGGUGGCAUCGUAUUGUAGCGUGCCACUGAAGUUAAGGUGCCGUUCGGUUUCCUCCCCUUAAGUCUAGUUGCGAUUCUUCUAAAUAACAUUUUAACGGCUGAUCGACCAAGCGACCAUGCCAGGGAAAACUAAGUAUAAUUUAGUGGAUGACGGUCACGAUUUGAGGAUUCCUCUGCACAACGAGGAAGCCUUCCAGCAUGGCAUUAAUUUCGAAGCAAAGUACAUUGGUAGUCUGGAUGUGGCGCGACCGAAUAGCAGAGUGGAGAUAGUAGCAGCUAUGCGAAGGAUACGGUACGAGUUCAAAGUGAAGAACAUCAGGAAGAAGAAGGUCAACAUCAUCGUAUCGGUGGACGGCGUCAAGGUGGUCCUGAGAAAGAAGAAGAAGAAAAAAGAGUGGACCUGGGAUGAGAGCAAGAUGAUGGUGAUGCAGGACCCAGUUUACAGGAUUUUCUAUGUCUCUCACGACUCGCAGGACUUGAAAAUCUUCAGUUACAUCGCCAGAGAUGGACAGAGCAACGUGUUCCGCUGUAACGUCUUCAAGUCAAAGAAAAAGAGCCAAGCCAUGCGCAUCGUCCGGACCGUGGGCCAGGCGUUCGAGGUCUGCCACAAGCUCAGCCUGCAGCACACGCAGCAAAACGCCGACGGGCAGGAGGGCGCUGACAGCGAGAAGGCCAGCAGCGACUCCGGCGUUCCAGUUCGCCAUUUGACAGGUGCGGAGAAGACGGUCACUGAGGAGACGGACAUUGAUGCGGAGGAGGCGCCAUCCAACAGCACCGUUGGCGAGUUCAGCCGCGGCGUCACAGACCUGGACGUGGCCAAGGAGGAGCAGGCCGCCGAGCCGGAUAAGGAGGUCCUGGAGGACGUCAGCAUCCUGCUGGCCACCCCCAAGAUGCUGCUGCCGUCGUCGGGGCAGGCGCCCGCCGACGCCCCCCUGUCCCGGCACCACCAGGUGCAGUUGCUCCAGCAGCAGCUCCACCAGCAGCAGCAGCAGACCCAGGUUGCCGUGGCCCAGGUUCACCUCCUGAAGGACCAGCUGUCUGCAGAGGCAGCGGCCCGGAUCGAGGCCCAGGCCCGCGUCCACCAGCUGCUGCUGCAGAACAAGGACCUGCUGCAGCACAUCUCACUGCUGGUGAAGCAGAUCCAGGAGCUGGAGAUCAAGCUCUCUGGACACAACUCCAUGGGCUCACAGGACAGCCUGCUGGAGAUCACCUUCCGUGCCAACGUGCCCCCGGUCCUGUGUGACCCGUCCACACCCAAACCCGAGGAGGUGUCCUUGCCGCAGUUUAAUGACGGGACUCACCUGGCCCUGCCACUGGGCAGCCCCCUAGGUAUGGACAGCUGCCUGGUAAAGUUCGAGUGUUUCCGUUUCCUUCCGGGCCCCCCGCAGCAGGACCGGGGGCCGGGCCAGUCCCCCUCCACAGCCCCACGGGACGAGCUGCUCGGCAGCCUGGAAUUCCUGAAAUUCCGCGAAUCGGGCAUCGCCUCGGAGUACGAGUCCAACACGGACGAGAGCGACGACCGGGACAGCUGGGAACAGGAUGACAGCUCGCUGCGGCUGUUCAACGUGCUGGACAAGCGGGCGCCGGGCGACUGCCUGGAGGACGAGAUCGCCGUGUAGCCCCGCCCCCCUAACCACAGUACUGCUUGUUGUCCUGGCAUUCAAAGCGCUUGUGAAAUCCUCUAUCUAUUGCUUCUCUUCCUGGCCAGCUCUCAAACCUUAAAGAUUUCUUUUAAAAACGUCGUGUACACUGACAGAUCCACAAAAACCUUCACACAGACCAACCCAGUGUCUCUAAAUACUGCCUGUCACUUUGCUGCUCCACAGCCGGAGUUUGUCGUUUCAUUUUGCCAGUGUGCAUGUGUGUGGCACCUCCAGUCCUGCUUAUAUUUGCGGUCAGAUGAAGUUCCCCAUUCUGGUCUCAUUUGUUACAGCCAUAACUUUUUGAUUUCUAAAUCAAAGGCAAUUUCGUCGUACAGGUAAAUAAAUCUCAAUGUCGCUGAGCACCAGUGACGUCUCAGCGGAGCUUGGCGAUCAAACGCUGAAACUGAGAAUGUCCACUGCACUCACUGGACUCUGCGAACUGCAGUAAUGUCAGACUCUCCACUUCAUGCAGACCUUGUUCACCGUGUCUGUCUGUCAUUUAGUCUCAAUAGGCCCAGAGUAAAAGAGGGAAUGAGAUGGGCACGACCUUUUUUGAAAUGGAGAAUCUUAGCUCAUUUUCUUGCCUAAGUUUUAUGCUAAAUCUGCCCUUCGCCCCAAUAAUCCCAUGACAUUCAGUUGUUCCUGCCCACUGCUCUGCUUUUGACUGGUAUCCUGUUCAGAUCUUAUGGACUUGCAACCAGGGUUUUGGUUGAAGGUUGGGGUGGACUGAGGAGGUUGCACCCUGUCGGUCUUCUCAGUGUUGCCCCCUCUUGGUCUCAUCACUACUGAACCUGUGUACUAGGAUGAAGAAGCAUGAUCGGGGAAGCAUGCCGGAUAUUUUUUUAUCGUUCAGACCGUCGACAAUCAUGAAGAUUUUCCACCGUUUUUUCCAGACGUGUAUUCAGCACCUGUGUGUCAAGAUGGUCCUCAAACAUAACCGUUGAAAAUGUAUCCAAUAAAAAUUGUAUAGAAAUGAUUUAAAUACCUUUUUUUGUUUUUCCGCAGUUAAAUGAAUGCAGGUAUACUCACUAGACCAGAGAAUAUCUUUAUUAUGGCAUGUGUCAUUCACCGCUCGUGGUCAGACUACUGCUGGUCAGCCUCAGUUACCAGUCUUCAAAAAGGCUUUGCGCGGUUUAUCCCUCAGUAAGGAGUGUGCUUACAGUGAGAAAGGCGUGACAGAUGGCCUCCAUGUGCAAUGUAACAAUACCUGAACGUCAUGUGUCGCCAUCCCCUUCAGAGUUUGCAUCUGAUUGUAAUUUGAAUCUUAUGAAUACUGAUUCUUAUCUACUGGCUACAGUCGCCGCCUGGCAGAGUUCUCUGCUAGGUGAAUACUAAUGUAGACCAGCAUCCGAAUUGCUAAAUUAGCCCUUGAAAGAAGCCAGAUCUUCUGAAGCUUUGUUUAAAGUUACCCUUAUCCUGUGGUAUUUGAUGCAUGUAAAUUGCCAUUUGUUUGAAGGUCAGACACCAAUUAAAUAUCAUUCCCCAGAUUUAAUCAUUGCACUUGGCAAAAACAAUUACCCAUUAUGUCAAGGCUCCUGAUAGAAAAUGCAUAGCCUGUGUUGAACACAACAUAAGAUUCUUUUCAUGCAGUUUGACCCCCUCCUAUUGGCUUGUCACUUUUAUUGAUCUGUGUUUGUCAACAAUUCCCCUGCCUUCAGGUGGGAAUUAUAAAGGAUUCUUCAUGGUCCUUUCUCUCCUUGACCUGUAGGAGAGUGUGAAUUUGAGAAGGUCAUAAAUGGAGUCUGUACGUGACGUUGUGCAAGGUGAUCGCUCUUGUGAAAGCUCCACAUGCAGGUUUUCUAAAUCUUGCAGGCUUUUUCCUCCAGGGAAAACGGAACCGUAUCGAUCCUUUUAGCCUUGAGGUCGUCUCACUUAGGCGAUGCCCGCUGAUUUAUGCGAAGGACCGCACCUCUCUCUCUGGUCUUUGUGUCUGUUGCCGUUCGGAGGCGCGAGACUAUGGAUACUGCUUAGUGAAAUACGACCCAUGAAACAAGGAGAGUUCGGUUUCUUGUAAGAUAUCAUCGAUCCCCCUCCUCUUUAUUAUCUUGACUCACAGCAGCUCGGUGUAUCGCUGAUGUCUCUCUCCAGUUAAGCCAGACGUCGGUGGCCAAUGGAAGAUUAGCUAUAACAUCAGGCAGUUGUCCCUCUGCCGUAUUCAUUAUGUGUUUUGCAUUUAUCUGAAGCACAACUGGUCUAGUAGAAUCUGAAAGUUGUUUCAUCUACAGAACACCCUGGGGGGGGGCAGUAAUUGUACUUCUUUCCCCCUCGAUUUCCUUCUGUGAUGUCUUCAUUUUAUGACUUCUGGCCGUGGCUCCCCCAGUAAUUAUGCUCUUGAAAGUGCUGUAGUGUAUUCAGAGGGGAUUGUUUGUGAUGUUUCACAUUUCACAGUGGCACUCCGCGUUUUUAAUGAACACUUUUAUUAGAAAACAAGUGGGAAAGUAAGAGGAAGAAGACAACAGCUGUGUUUAGUUGGCAUAUCCAAAACUAAAGGAUAAUUAAAUCUUAUGUUUAAAAUGUCAUACAGAAGUUUUAUGUUCAGGGAAUCAAAUGUGGAAUUCAAAUUCAGAAACUAGAUGGUCUUACCUUCAGAGAUAAUAUACAAUGAGUGCAAUGAAAUCAUUUAUUUUUCCUGGGUGUAGGGCUGUGAUUGGAAUCCAUUCAGCACACAGUAGUGUGUGGAGUAGUGUAUGGAGGUGGUACCUUUUGGGGAAUCUACAUUUGGCUAGAGAAACGGUCCAGGCUGUAUAUAAGGCAGUCAGAAAUAACUUUCUGAUUUUGUUCCAACAACGAAGGAAAAUCUGCUGAAAGCCCCUUGUUAAUUACUCACGUGCAAUUUAAAAUAUUACCCCCAUAUCUGUUCUAGGGGCCAACAAAGCGUCAAUAGCUGCAAGGGAGCAAUGAUCAGACUAGAGCAUUUUUCUUGAAUUGUAAAGGACAGCUUUCCUAAAGUAUUACUGAAAACCUGGUUAGAAAUUUUUCAACUAGACACUGCAGUUCAUGCAUCAUUUACUUUUUGACUACUUUUAUACAAAGUGUUGAUCUUAGAUCUACAAUCUCUGGGAAUACCAGUUUUUAGUGAAACUACAUCGAUAGACAGUCAUUGUGGAAAAAUGUUUACUCUGAAAUGGCAUCCAAUCAAUACGGAGGACAGAUUUAAUUUGUAAAGUUGAAGUGACAGUUGCUUGUCAGUUCGAUUUGUUCCUUAAAAAUUGCACCCCCUUGUCUCAGGAUCGACAGGUUGGCCAUGGUUCAUAGCUAGUUUGACUGCCAGCAGCAAGUUGAUAGUGCUGAGAUCAUUAAGAAAUGAAACGGAUGUUUGUUCAUAUUUUGAUUUUCCAGUUUGUAAAGCCAUCCCCUCCUUCUCUGGACUAAUAGGCAGGUUCCUCGUAAUUAGCCGAUUUAAACUAGCCAGUUGGUUAAUUAACCACAUAAAGAGUAGAAAUUCUGUUAUUAUCUAUGGAAUGAGAAUUUGCUGAAUCUUGGGAGUGGCAUUUAUUUUUUAAUUAAAGCGUAGUUACCAUACAAUUUGCCUUCAAGGGGCCAUUAAACUUUUACACAGAUUAAUUUUUACAGUACAGUUCUGUGUCUUUUGCAGUUAUACCUAGGCAAUAAUAUCGUAUGUAUUUUGUGUUUAAACAGAGCUACUUCGUUGUGUGAGGAGAUGCACUUUGAGGUGAAGGACGUUGUCAACGGCAGGACACUCUGCCUCCAUGAGAUCGUUUGUCAGGUUGCCUCUCUGUGUUACUUUGGUUUUGUGCAUGAUCCCAUUUCUCUGGCAAAUCCUAGGACCGUAAUGGACACAUUUACUUUGAAAUACCAUUUGCUGGGUUUUAAUGUCUUUUUUCUUCAGUAUAUCACUGAAGUCAUUUGGUUGCCUUUGAAUUAAAAAAAUAUGCAUUUUAUUUCCCCUCAACACUGAAGGAUAAGCAGUCAGAGGUUGGAUGUUAGAAUAGACGGGGGAAUGGUUGGUUGGGAUGGAUGUAUGGUUGGAUAUGUUAUGUAGGCUAUAGUGUUAUCAACAACCAAUGGUAGUUUUGAAUUCACAUCCUCAAAUACAGGCAAUAAUACUGAGGUGCGCGUAACCUGGCCAAUCACGUCGCACCGCCACGUGCCAGUUUAAUUACCGUGAAACGGUGCCCAAUGUGCUGCAUACGUCAACCAACUGUAAUUAGGCCUAUAAACACCUUAUUAUUCUGUAAAACAUUAAAAAUGUUUUAAAAGGCGGGUGCAUGCCAAAUAUCUGAAAAUCGGCAAAUAGAGACAGAGAGGCGGCCUUUAUUACUGCGAGGUCCCAGGUCCUCUGAUCGAUGGGUAUCCUCCUUAAAACGCAGCUGUUGCUGGUGCCCCCCCCCCCCCCCGAUUUCUGAAAUGUCACAGCAAUCUCUGUUAUUUUCAACCUACUAGAAAUUGCCCUCAUUUUGCUAAAUGAACGUCAGGUGACUGUUUCGACGUAAUGCGCGAUGCGCUGUGCUUUCUCAAAUCUGUGUCCAUUUAGACGUUUAAAUUCUAAUUUUUCAACACCAUUUGUUCGUUCGUGAAAGAAUGAACUGUCCUGGUCACAUUUAAAUUGAGA